AUGGCUCAGAUGAAGUUCCCGAGUAAAUGGAGGUCAUGGGUAAUGGCUACCUUGUACUCAGCUAGAGCUUCUGUUCUAGUUAAUGGUUCACCAACUAGAGAGUUCGAUUGCUCCCGUGGACUCAGGCAGGGUGAUCCGUUAUCACCUUUUCUGUUUGUAAUAGUAAUGGAAGCCCUGACUUGUGUUAUGAAAAAGGUUGUUUCAAUUGAUUUGUUUAAAUGUAUUGAUAUCACCGCUCGAGGGCCGUUAUCGUCUCACCUGAUUUAUGCUAACGUGAUGUUUAUGGUGAAUCUAGCGAAGUGUAGCAUUUAUGGGAUUAGGGUGAGAGAACAUGAAGUUCAACAAAUGGUGAGUCAUUUGAGGUGCAAACAAGCACCGAUUAAAGUAUUGGAUGCACUAGAUAAGAUUAGAAGGGUUUUCUUUUGGGGUGGCUCGGAAGAAAAAGCUAAAAUGAAUUGGGUAGCUUGGGAAAAAACGAUUGCUCCAGUUGAAUAUGGGGGGUUGGGUUUCGGUUCUAUUAGAGACGCCAACUUAGCUAUGUUGGCUAAGUGGUGGUGGAGGUUUAAAACAGAAAAAAACAGUUUGUGGCGAAGGGUAAUUUGGGCAAUACAUCAUAACACUAGAGCUUGGAAUGACAUUCCGGUUAAAAUAUCAAUAGCUGGGCUGUGGAAAAGUAUUAUUAGCAUUCGGCAGUUUCUUCUAAACGCCGAUAUUGACUUAAGGUGUGCUAUAUGUGCGAGUUUGGUAAAUGGUAAGAACAUUCAGUUUUGGUUAGAUAGUUGGGCUGACCCAGUACCAUUAUAUAUAAAAUUCUCUGAUCUAUUCAAAGAAGAAAGGUUUAAAGAUUACUUGGUGGAAGAUCGAUUGGGUUUUGAUGAAUCUGGGCCGGUGUUCUCUUGGGCCUGGGCUCGACCAAGUCUCGGUGACAGCGAACAUGUUCAGCUGCAACAGUUGGAACAAAUGGUUAGUGGGUUGAAUAUGGGGUCGGGUAGGGACUGUUGGACCUGGAAGUAUGAUUCCAAUGGAAUCUUCAAUGUGGCUGGAAUUAAAAAGAUCUUGAGCAUGGCUAAUCGAGUAAGUCCCGCAAGAGUAUUUGAGUGGAAUAAUUGGAUCCCAAAGAAGGUUGCUAUUGUGGCUUGGAGGGCAGAGAUGGAAAGGCUACCGACUAAGUGUGUUAGGAUCGAAGGCUGUUAUGAUUGUGCUUGUUUGUAUAAAUUGAACAUUUAG